AUGCCUGGCCCUAUCCGACAGUGGCCUGCGUGGCCCGAGUACACCUCUGAGACUGCAUCGUCCUCCAAAGACCCUGAGUUCUUGGAGGUCAAGAAAGCGAUCAUCAGCAAGUAUGGCGCCGAAUUACUGCAGCGAAGCUGGUUAAAAGUCUGCAAGGAACUCGAAAAUAUCACCAAUGAGAUUAUUGAGAAGGGAAACACUAUUGUCCCCGUCUUCGACACUCAACAAAUUAUUGAAGACGGCUUCUCGCCAGAGCAAGAGGCUGAGAUCAAGAGAAUCGGCUCGUUCGUCUGUCGCAGUACUGUUCCCAGGGAAGAAGCAACAGCACUUUACUCAGACCUAAAGAAAUAUGUCGCGGAUAACAGAGACUCUAUCCAAGCAUGGCCUAAGGAAAGCCCAUCGAUGCUGGUUUUGUACAACUCACCAACACAAAACACCCUUCGUUCCCAUCCGAACCACCUGAAGCUGCAGCGAAAGCUAAAUGAGCUUUGGAAGUACUCUGCAGAAGAUACUUCACCCAACCCUCUUGUAUAUCUUGAUGGCAUUCGCGAUCGUGCACCAGGCCAGCCCUUCCUUGGGCUGGGUCCUCAUAUUGAUGCUGGAAGUUUGUGUCGCUGGGCUGAUCCAGCUUACCGAAAAGUUUACGAUGACAUCUUCUCCGGUAGACCAGAAGAUCAUGAUGCUUAUGAUCUAGAAGCGAGAAAGAAUGCCAAUCAAGAGCUUUACCAGGGCCCUGCUCACUCGACGGUGUUGCGCACGUUCCAAGGAUGGACUGCGUUGACGCCAACGGCACCGAGAGAGGGGACCAUUAUGAUAUACCCUAAUGUCAAGACUGUAAUCGCAUACCUCCUUCUCCGACCCUUCUUCAGUCCACCGAAGGAUCCCGGUCAUAUAAUGGACGCUGAGAAGUGGACGUUUGACGACUCUUCGGGUUGGUUCCCAGGAACUAUGAAGCCAGAAAGUCAGCGCUUGAGUCGGUCAUCCCAUCCUCAUCUGAGGCUUGAGGAAUGCCUUAUUCAUAUGCCAGAGGUACAACCUGGUGAUACAGUAUGGUGGCAUUGCGAUGUUUGUCAUGCUGUCGAUACCGAGCAUCUUGGAAAGAACAACGCGUCAGUAGCCUUCAUAGCAGCUUGCCCUAAAACGCCAGCGAAUGAGGCCUACGUCAAAGAGCAGCUUCUUGCUACACUAGCAGGACGGCCUUCUGCUGAUUACGCUGAUGGGAAUGAUCUGGAUGAGAGCACACUGAAGGGAUAUGUUGGCCUUCAUGGUCUGAAUGCUGAAGCGCGCAACGCUUUCGGAUUCCACCUACUGUAA